AUGACAAUUUUCAUUACUGGAGCCACAGGCUAUAUCGGUGGCGAUGCUCUCAAGGCGAUAGCUGAUAACUUCCCGGAGGUAGUCUCAACAAUUACGGCCCUUGUGCGAAACGAAACGCGAGGAGCCGCUUUGCAAUCCGCCUACCCAAACAUUGGCAUUAUCUACGGCUCAUUAGACAACACCUCGUUGAUUGAGAUGGAAGCGGCUAAAGCUGACAUCGUCGUCAACCUAGCAGAUGCGGAUCACGUUCCCGCCACCAAUGCCAUUGUGGCUGGCCUCAAACGACGUGCAGCUCAGGGCAAGCAGUCAUACUUGAUCCACAACAGCGGGACCGGUAUCUUGAUGUUCAAGGACGUGGAAACAGACAGGUAUGGCGAACACUCGGACAAGAUUUUCGACGACUGGGAGGGCAUCCAGGAGGUUACUUCUUUGCCGGAUGCAGCUUUCCACCGCGAGGUCGACAAGAUCGUGCUAGCUGCUGGAGAGAACACGCUUAUCAAAACAGCCAUUGUAUGUCCACCAACCAUCUACGGCAUCGGAAGGGGCACCGGAAACCAGCGCAGCGCUCAGAUUCCUAUGCUCGCUGAGGCGAUCCUGAAGAGAGGCGCAGGGUUCCAAGUAGGCGAGGGCAAAGCCAAUUGGACCAAUGUGCAUGUUUUCGACCUGAGCAACCUAUUUGCGAAGCUGGUCGGGGAAGCCUUGUCAGGCCAGAACAAGGCUACCUGGGGCGCUGAGGGUUACUAUUUCGCACAAGGCGGAGAACAUGCAAGUGCAAAAUCCUGGCUUAUUUCCAUAAUCACAAAGAUUGCGGCGGACAAGGGCUUGAUUCAGAACAAUCAUGUCGCCAAGCUAUCUCCGGAAGAAGUCGAGAAGAUCACGGCAUUUGGGUCGAGGAUUUGGGGCCAAAACAGCCGAUGCAAGGCAAUCCGGGCUCGGCACCUCCUUGGGUGGUCAAACUCACAGCACAGCCUGGUCGACGAGCUCCCGACGGCCGUUGACUACGAGGCAAAAAGACUUGUCUCGACCAAGGCCUGA